AUGCUGGCGCGUCUGGCUGGACGUCGUUCACAUCCUUCUGCCUUUUGGAUUCACUCAAGACGCCAGGCUACAUAUACGCCCUACAAUCCCGACGCUGAAGCACGUGAAGAAGAACAAGUUGAUGUCUGUAUCGUUGGUGCAGGACCGGCUGGCCUUAGUGCAGCAAUCCGGUUGAAGCAACUUGAGGUGGAGACAGGAAAGGAGAUUCGCGUAGUGGUUCUCGAAAAGGGCUCUGAAGUCGGCGCUCAUAUCCUUUCUGGUGCAGUUGUCGAGCCUUCGGCACUCGAUGUGUUACUCCCUGACUGGCGGUUGACGGACCAUCCGCUUUCGCAACCCGUUACUUCUUCUUCUAUGCGUCUCUUCACGUCAAAAAGCACUUUCCCCAUACCUCAUCCACCACAAAUGAAUAACAAGGGCAAUUAUGUGACGAGUCUGAGCCGUUUCGCGUCCUGGUUGGGCGGAGUCGCGGAAGAACUAGGAGUAGAGAUCUAUCCGGGCUUUGCUGGCGCAAGAUUCCUGUUAUCUGACGAGCUCGAUGCAACCGACGCUGUUGGGGGACAAGUAAAAUCUGUCAGGGGGGUCGUCACUCAUGACGCCGGGCUUACCCGUCAGCGAACUAAAUCUCCCCGUUUCGAGCCUGGUAUCGCGUUUCGCGCUCGUGCCACAUUGUUGGCAGAGGGUGCCCAUGGGUCACUGUCAAAAACGGCAAUAUCAACGUAUAACCUUCGUCACAACGCCCAACCACAAACAUAUGGAAUCGGUCUGAAAGAGGUCUGGAGAAUCGACCCUUCAAAACAUGUACCUGGGAAGGUUGUACACACUAUUGGCUGGCCAAUGGACUGGAGCACAUACGGCGGUGGGUGGGAGUAUCAUAUGGCAGACGGUCUUGUCAGCAUCGGGCUUGUCGUUGGUCUCGAUUACAAGAAUCCUUAUCUGGAGCCAUAUCGCGAAUUUCAGCGUAUGAAACACCACCCAUAUUACCGAAAUCUGCUCGCUUCAGGAGAACGUCUUGCCUACGGGGCAAGGUCAUUGACAGAAGGGGGAAUUCAAUGUCUUCCCCGUCUCGAUUUUCCCGGAGGAGCUCUUCUUGGAUGUUCGGCCGGCGUCGUUAACACCGCCAAAAUUAAAGGCACGCACAACGCAAUGCGGACCGGAAUGCUAGCAGCUGAAACGGCCUUCGCGGAGUUGCAUCCUGGUGCUACAUUUGUCCCAAUCGCUUCGCCGGAGACCUUCAAACCAUCGGGAUCAUCCGAAUCGACUCCAGACUCCGAAAUAGUCUCGCUUGCACCAUAUAACAAGGCCUUUGUUGGCUCGCCCGUCUACAAGGAUCUCUGGACUGUUCGUAAUGUGCGACCAGCAUUUGGCGGACGGUUCGGUACCCUUGGCGGUGUUCUAUAUGCUGGUCUCGACACUAUUCUGGGUGGUCGUGUUCCUUGGACAUUAAAACAUCACGGCGACAAUGGAAGCAACCCGUCAACAACAUCUCCAGACGCAUUAGCGACGCUUCCUGCUGCAGAGUGCAAACCAAUCGAAUAUCCACCGUUUGAGCCUCCGCUAAGCACGGACUUGAUGAGUAGCGUAUCUCUUACAGGCACGAACCAUGCCGAGGGUCAACCUGUGCAUUUGAGAGUCAUGAAAGGGGUAGAUGGUCCUGCAAACACAGGCGUCGGGAUGCAACCUGCGGGGGUUGACGUAGCCGAGACACCUUUGCGAAGACGAGCUCAUGUUGAAGCCAAUGCUGGAUCAUAUGCUGGUCUUUUACAGAAGGCCUGUCCUGCAGGUGUCUAUGAAUAUGUAUCAGAUGAUGGAGGAAAGGUCGUCCCAGGGAACUUGGAGACCACAGCUGAGGAGGAAGGAUGGGAUGGCAAGAAGCUUGUCAUCAAUUCCCAGAACUGCAUCCAUUGCAAGUUGUGUGAUAUCAAGGUACCUACCCAGGACAUCACAUGGACUGUACCCGAGGGUGGAGGUGGUCCCAAGUACACCCUGACCUAA